AUGUUCAUGUGGUCGGUUACCGUUCUCCUAGCGCUCAUCGUUGCCGGCAACGCUCUGGAAAAUGAGAAAAACGUCUCGGUAGGGCUUGUGCUUGACAAUGAGAAGGAAGGAAUGCCUUUGAAUACGAUAGAAAAGCCUGAAGAAACGGCUGAGACCUUGGAAUUGGACCUUCCCGGGUUUGAAGGUUCGACAAUCCAUGUUAAGCUGGUUGAAGACGACUUGUUGGAGAUGAAGUGGAAACACAUUCUUUGCAAGCCCUGCAGGCACCUCUUCAAAGCGCUGAGGAAAGAGCUCAACGACGGAGCGGGCUUGACCAAGGAGAAACUGAAAAAGGCAAUCCAUGUGAGUGGAAGAAUCUUUUCCUGGCCGUGGUUAGACCCUGGGGAGUGCUCCAAGGGCCACGCUCAGAUCUUGAAGAAACUUGGCAAAAAUUUUGACUUAUUCUUUAUAUGACAAAUUCGAGAUUUCUUACUCGCGCUUUGCAGAAACAACCAAGAUUUUAGCGCAAAAAAUGACAAAAAUGAGACUUCCUUUUUGUAAAUUUUGGUAUGGAGAAUUUCAUGCUUAUUUCAACCAUAGAGGGUAAUGUUUACAUAAAAAAUCAUUUUUUUCCUAUCGAAACUGCCAACGAUAUGGCCUAAAAGUGUUUCUCUGAGCGCUCUCCGCAUUUCUCGCACUCUCUCGGCCGCAAAGAUGGUUGAAUAUCUCGGCUGCGCCUGCAAAACGCGAGCUAAAACUUUGAAGAAUUGAUAUGUAAAGCAUGCUCAAUAUGUGUGAAAAAUUUAACGCAAAUCUGAGCGUCGCACUUGAAACCGUUUGAUAGCAAAUUUUGAGCCGUUACGCAAGACAUUGCAACGCUUUUUACGGUUUUUAAUAAGCAUUUUUAGCAUAAAUGUAAGGAAUUUGGUGGUCUGGUAGCAAAGGUGUGCAAUAAAUUGGGAAGAAAGGCGGUCGACGCUUUGUACGAUUCGAUCGUCAAGGAGGACAUGAAAAUUCAUCCACGCCACUGCUGCAAGAAAAUUGGACUAUGCAAAUAA